AAGCUAUUCUGAAGGAAAUAAAACCUUAAAUGUAGAGAGUGAAACAGUACAGACCACCUCAGCUUCAGUCUUCACUGUUCCUGCAGGAUUCGCUGCAUUCUGUUAAUCCAUCACCAAUGGAAAGGUUAAUUCAGUUUCUGCUUUUCUCAGGAUUUUGGACGUUCACACAGAGCAACUUAAAUAAAUUUGUUCUCAUCCAAGAGAAAACGACCUGGGCUGAUGCACAAGCUUACUGCAAAAAGUAUCACAUCGACUUGGCCACGGCUGCAAGCAAUGAAGACCGGAUAAGUCUACGAGAAAUGGUUAGCACUGUGCUGCCUCCAUUGGCUUGGAUUGGAAUGUUCAGAGACAAUAACACUUGGUAUUGGACUUAUCAUUAUGAGAUAUUGACAUUCAUGUCCUGGAAGUCUGGAAAGCCAGACAACCCCAGUGGAAGAGAGGAUUGUGGUGUCAUCAAUGGCAGUAGUGGAUGGGAGGAUAUGGCAUGCGAUCAAUUGUUUCCAUUUUUUUGCUACAAUGUGAACACCGCACACAACUUUGUUUUUAUCCCUGAAAUCAAGUCAUGGAAUGAUGCUUGGGUUUACUGCCUAAAGUAUCACACAAACCUGGCCAUGAUUCGGAGUCAAACUGAAAAUGACCUGCUGGUGAAUAUGAUGGUAGGAUUUCAAAAAGCAUGGAUUGGUCUCUAUAAGGCCUGGUGGUGGUGGUCAGAUGGAACAAAUAUCUACAAGUUCCCCGUAACCUGGAGCGCUGGACAACCUGACGUGACUGGCCUGAACCCGCUUUGUGGCGCUACAACUCUUGAUGGAGCCGAUGAUCGACUCUGCACAGAGACCCUUCCAUUUAUCUGCUUACGUCAUACAAAGAAUCAGAUCAUGAGAGUGGAGUUGAAAUCGAGUCAGAAUCUAAAUGAUCCUGCGGUGAUGGAGAACAUCUUACAGUUGAUGAAGCAGAAACUGAAGGAUCGUGGGAUAGGGAAUGACACAACAUUGACAUGGAGAGUUCAGCCAGAUGGAAAUGUUUUUUCAUUAAAACAUGAAAGUGAAAAGGGCCAGAAACACUGUCCAAACACUUUCUUUUAAAUAUAACAGUUACCACAUCUGAUGAUAUCAAGGAAUGCUUUUCAUUUAAAUGAAAUAUAUUUGAUAUGCAUGUUUUACUUAAUUUAAUUUAAUUAAAACUUGAUUAAUAUCAUUAUAUAGUAUAAUUACAUAAAUUAAUCUUGCAUAAUCUAAGGCAUUUAAAAUGUAAUUGUAAUUUGGUUUAGUAUUUUUAACCAUAUCAAAUGUAUACUGCUGUAACUAAGCUGAACUGUUUAGUUUAAAUAGUAAACUUUAAAA